AUGUUUAGAGGUCUACAAUUGAUCCCAAGAUUUGCUAGCUCCACUCGUAUUCGUUUGUUUAGCCAGAAAAGCGUGCUGCUUGAUGCGGCAAAAGUGAAUUAUUACAGAAUCUUUCAUAACACCUUCCCUUAUGGUCCUCCACCCGCCGGAAGUUUCGAUGUCGACCAAAGACAACUUCGAAAGGAGUUCAGAAAGCUACAAGCCAAAUACCAUCCUGAUAUUUUGAAUAGUGGGGAUGAUAAAGUGCACCUGGACGAUGAAGAAUAUUCAAGUCUCCUGAACAAUGCUUAUGCCACAUUGAAAUCACCCCUAACACGAGCACAGUACAUCUUAAAAUUGAAUGCAAACAUUGACAUUACCACAGAUGAAGCCUCAAAAAGCUACCAAUUCAAGGAUAAAGCUCUUCUUCUUGACAUUUUGGAGAUACAUGAAGAAUUGGAGAAUGUUUCCGACGAUUCGGAGUUGGCUGCCCUCAAAAUCAGUAACGAUGAACGAAUUGCAGAGUCCAUCAGCAAGUUGGGCCAGUUGUUCAAAGACGAGGAUUACGAGAAUGCAGCAAUGGAGAGUAUCAAACUAAAAUACUGGUUCAACAUUGAUAAUGCCAUCAAAGAGUGGGAGGAGGGAAAACCUGUGAUAAUGACACAUUGA